AUGCUGCAAUGGAUGCGGGUGCCUUGUCCUGACAUUCACAUCCCUCACCCGACAACGCUACGCGAGUGCCACAGGUUCAAGGACGAGGAGCGCGUGCGGGAUGCGGUGAAGCACGCCCUGCGUAUUGGGUACCGGCACCUGGACUGCGCUGCGCUGUACGGCAACGAGCAGGCUGUGGGAGAGGCCAUCAAGGCGAGCGUGGACGAUGGCGCUGUGCGGAGAAACGAGGUGUACGUGGCCAGCAAACUGUGGAACAACCGGCACCGGCCACACCUGGUUGAGGACGCGUGCGCACAGAGCAUGGCCGACCUUGGCGUGGACCACCUCGACUGCUACAUGAUGCACUGGCCGUGCCCUUGGACGCCAGAGUCUGCGCUCGUGAGCAAGGAGCUUGGCGGCAACUUCAAGUACGAACACGACAUGGAGGUGAAGCUGGAGGACACGUGGAAGGCCAUGGAACAGCUGUACCUGGACAAGAAGGUGCGGCAUAUCGGCGUGUCCAACUUCAGCAUCCGGCAGCUGCAGGAGCUCAUGGACGUGGCCAGCAUCAAGCCCGCCGUCAACGAGGUGGAGCUGCACCCCUACCACCAGAACACCAACCUGGUCAAGUUCUGCCAGAACAACGGCAUCCACGUCACCGCCUACUCGCCGCUGGGCAAGAUUGGCUACCGCAACCCGGGCGACCCGUGCCUGAUUGACGACCCCGUGCUGCAAGAUGUGGCCAAGCGCCACGCCAACAAGACGCCCGCGCAGGUGGCGCUCAAGUGGAACGUACAGCGCGGCGUGGGUGUGAUCCCAAAGUCGCUCACACCAAGCAGGAUCGAGAGCAACUUCAACCUGGACGACUUUUCGCUCACCGAGCGCGACAUGCAGGAGAUUGCUAAGCUAAACCGCAACCAUCGCUUUGUUCGCCCGCCAUGGUGGUCGUUCCCAGACGACAAGCACGAGCUGCCAUGAGACUGUUUAUUUGUGUGUUUGUGUGUGUGAGU